GGCGUUUAGUAUUUCCUUCAAAGUUUGACAGGUGGCGCUGCAUGUAUUGACAGUUAAACCAAGAAACAGGAUUGUGAGGGCGAAGUGUGACAGACACUAUGGCACAGUACAAAAUUCCAGAUCCCGAGGAAUUGACCCCUUGUCCUUAUGACAAGGUUCACAUGAUCAGGGCAAAAAGGAUGCAGUACCAUCUAAUGAAGUGCAGAAAGAACUACGCAGGGAGAGAUUUUGCCACCUGUCCAUUCAAUGCCAGGCAUGAGAUGCCAAAACCAGAAUUACGCUACCAUUUAGCAAAUUGUCCGGAUAAAGCAUUGAUAGAACCCAUGUUAGCUUACGAGAACAGCAAGAAGAAUGGAGAAGAAGGGUCCAUGUUUAAAGGCAACACAGAUCUACCUGUAUAUGAAAAUCUCAACAUUAACAGCGAGGAAAACUGGGAUGCUGAGAUUCCCUCUGUGGCCAGGAUAGGGGUGGAUCCACAAUUCUUGGCCAAACAGGAUCACAUGAUCAUCCCUGGUCUGACCAAAUCAGAGAAGAGGGAGUUUGUCAAGCAGAUGAACAUUCCUGCGGAAGACAGAAAGUAUGUUGCCCACUACACAGAGACUCGUGAGGAAGACCUGACUUUGAAGGAUGAACAGCCCAAGCUUCGUCUACCUAAAACAGCAGCACAGACUUAUCUCCCACACCAAAGGAAGUCUUUUCAGCAGCCAUCUACAGUGUUUGCAUAUUCAUUAUCAAUGGCAGGUGUAGGUCGAGGACUACCAGUGACUGGAGCAGAGGGCGGUGCACAGAAUGAAAGGCCUGGACUGAGCAGAGGAAGGGGGCGUGGCUUCACCCCAGCAAUGGGGAGGGGGGCCACCAUUGCUGAGAUGAAUGGACAUGUGCCUCAGUCCAUUGGAAGAGGAAUGGCAUACUAUAAUGGUGAUGCUCCAUCAACUAUCCAGAAAAGUUCAGCUGCUGUGAAACCAGAGGUCCUGAGUACCACACCUGUGUUUAAUGUAGGGAUAGGAAGAGGGGUUCCUAAUGGUAUUUCGUCACCUCCUUCAUUUGUUGUUCCUACCCUACCACAGCAAAAUGGCCACGCCUCAGUGAAGAAGGAAGAGGAUGAUGCUGAAGAUUUUGGGAAAAAACUGAAGAAAUUGGAGAAAAAAAUACGGCAGAUUAAUCUUUUAGAAGAGAAAGUAGAGGAGGAAGGAUACACUCUGUCUGCUGAGGAGGUAGCUAAAGUUGGUCUGAAAGGACAGCUUUUAAGUGAAAGAGAUGAUCUGCUGGAGAAAAUGGGAUAAACCGGGGAAGAAAAGAGAAGAGAAGAUGGACUUGUGUUAAGAUACUGGACACUCUCUGUAUUGCACACUGUACAUACGAAUUUCAGUUUACCCAAUGUGUAUCUAAAGGCUCAUCAAGCUUUAAGGGGCCAGAGAAAGGUCACAUUGGGUUUCAAGCUUUACAUAUAAAAACCUGGGACUGUAGAGAUAAAUUAUUGGUUUGUAAAUCCUCAUGUAGUCAUCAUUUCAGUUUAUUUAAUCUUCUCGUGGUCAGGAUGGAGCCACAUUAAAUGUUGAAAUUUUAAGGGAAAUUCUGUAUUUAAAGGUCUUGUUUUUAAGAACCAGAAUUUUCAAUUUAAUCAUCAACCUAUUGCCUCCAUGAUUUGGAUGGGGCAAAAUUAGGUACUUGAAUUUUUUUAAAAAAAAACCUUCUCAAGAAUUGCAAAGUUUUAAGAUACAUGGCUGUCGAAUUCCGAUGCAGAUGUGAUUGUUUAGCAGAGAAUGAGAAGCCAUUGUGUCGGUUUGCAGUCACAAUAAAGGUUCAAAUCUUUAUACCGUAUAUACUCGCCUAUAAGUCGGUCCGCCUAUAAGUCAGUUGUAUUUUUUAAGGUUAUUUUGUAGGAAUUUGCCAUUGACCCGCUUAUAAGUCGGUACAAAUUUUUGUCAGAGUCGGUCGACAAUUUCAAGUCAAUGCUGUAGUGUGUUUACCUAUGUUUCAAAAAAUAUUUUGAGAAAUUAAUAAUUAUAAGGUGCUCAAUAUCCAAGCCAUACCUGUUUGGGGUUUAAACACAACCCUUGAUCUAUUAUGGGCAAUGAUCCCUUGUUUACCUUCCUAAUUACCAGUACCUGACACUGUGUUUACUUAGUGGCACACACCUCGCGAAAACUGUUAUUGUGGGAUUCAGGUAUAAUUAAUUGUAUCAACAAUUUUAAGAGUCAAGAAUGAUGAUCUAAAUUAUCUGUUAACAAUAUUUAAUUUUUUAUGAAAUAUAUUUCAGCCGAUAUGCAUACCGGUAUGAAUAUUUCAAUAUUAAAUCGGGUUCGUAAUUCAAUUUUAUCGAUAAACGAUAGAUUAGUUGAAUAUUGAAAGUGCAAAUACUUGUAUUUAUACAUAAUUUUAAAAUACAUAAACAAUACAAUAUGUCUAGAUAAUCAUUCAUUUUGUGUGGUAGUCCAUGAUAAUCGUCGAAGUUGUUUAAAAACACUACAUUAUGCCGCCCUGAAAAAUACCAAUCUUCUUAGAACGCGCCUAUAAGUCAGACAUAGAGUUUUGGACCAAAAAUUGACUCCCAAAAAUCCGACUUAUAGGCGAGUAUGUAUGGUACUGGAUUAUAUAGGAAAACUUUCUUCUCAAGAGAUGGAGUGUUGAUUAAAUUUAUUCAAAACUAUGCAUGAUUAGUAGGAGUAAUGGGCCACUUAGGGAUUUGAAAAAAAGUAAUAUCUACAGAGGUGAGCGAUGUGGCCCAUGCCCCAUUUGUUUUGACUCUUUUAUGUGCCAUUUUUUUUAUUUUUUAGUUAUUUUACCAGAAUUUGAUGAUAAAAACUCUACCAGGAUGCGUGUCAUUUCUGAUUUUUUUUUGUAUAACGAGGCAAAGUAGAGGAUUUUACGUAUAAUGAUUUUAAGAAUUUUGAAACGCAUAAGGUUUUAUAUGUUGCCAAGAUGGACUUAACUGAUUUAUUUUAUUAAAGUUGAAAAGAAAUUUGAAA